AUGCAACCGCCAAUCUACAAUCAUCAUAGACUUCCACCGGCAGGAUCACAGGGCCAACAACAACAGCAGCAGCAGCAGCAACAGGGACAGGGACAGGGUCAAGGGGGACAACAACCGAGUGUGUUGUCAGCGGGGUCGAACGCGAGGUUGAUAGAGUUCUUUGAUUUGAUAAAGAACGAGUUUGAGCAGGUGGGGCAGGAUGGGAACGUGUGGAAGCAGCAGAGGGACGAGUACGAGGUGAAGAUCCAACAGCAGAUUAACGAACUAGGUCUGAUCCGACAAUCACUAUACGAGCUCGAAGCGAAUCAUGCCAAAGUCAGACAAGAAUACGAAGGUGAAAUUGCUCGACUCAGACGAGAAUUAGAGAUCCGUGGACCUGGCGGAGGACCUUCAGGUGGCUCUGCACCUGGACCAACUUCGCCUCCUGAACUCCCAAGACCAGGACCUGGAAAUGAUGAAAGACCACCUUAUGGGACUUCACUUCCCGGACCACCUCUUAAUGGCGCUGAAUCAGGAGGAUCACGAUCACCUUAUCCACCUCCUGGAGGAGUUAUCCCAAGACCAGCUUCAACGGAUAGAGAAAGAGAUAGACGUAACAGGGAAAGAGCAAUAGCACCAUCAAACGUACCUCCUUCUCCUCCAGUACAUCUUUCCGAUCUUGAUCCUGAAAACGUAUCACGAGAACUUCGAAAAGAAGGUAGUGAUUGGCAAGCUAUGUGGAGCAGUCAAAUGAGAAAACAAUUGGAUGUAGCUUUGGUUCACACUCUUGAGCAUGAGACCGUUGUAUGCUGUGUCAAGUUCUCAAAUGACGGAAAAUACCUUGCUACGGGAUGUAACAGGACAGCACAGAUCUAUGACGUGAAAUCAGGUGGUAGAGUUACGACACUUCAAGAUGAAGCCGCUAAUCGAACGGGAGACUUGUACAUAAGAAGUAUCUGUUUCAGUCCAGAUGGUAAAUUCUUAGCUACUGGUGCUGAAGACCGACAGAUCAGGAUCUGGGACAUAAAACAAAAGCGAAUCCGACAUCUGCUACAAGGACACAUGCAAGAGAUCUACUCACUUGAUUUCUCAAGAGAUGGUAGAUUCUUAGUAUCUGGAUCAGGUGACAAAUCAGCUAGGAUUUGGGAUAUCGAGAAGGGAUUAUGUGUGUUCGAUCUGAGAAUCGAGGAUUUCAUUCAUAAUGAACAUGGUCCAAUCGAUGCUGGAAUAACCAGUGUUGCAUUGUCUCCCGAUGGAAAGUUAGUAGCAGCUGGUUCGCUUGAUACUAUGGUCAGAGUAUGGAACGUACAAACAGGACAACAGGUGGAGAGACUCAAGGGACAUAAGGAUUCGGUGUAUAGUGUCGCAUUCUCGCCCGACGGGAAAUGCCUCGUCUCUGGAUCUCUUGAUCGAACACUACGAAUCUGGGAUUUGACAGGCACCAAACGAGAAGCUGAGACACUGCUUCCCGGAUCAAAAGAUAUUCAAAAGAACUUGGGUACUUGCCAAUCGACUUUAAAUGGUCACAAGGAUUACGUCCUUUCCGUGGCUAUUUCACCCGAUGGACAAUGGGUUGUAUCAGGAUCAAAAGAUCGAUCAAUUCAAUUCUGGCAUAUCGCAACUGGACAAGCUCAGUUAAUGUUACAAGGACACAAGAAUUCAGUCAUCUCUAUCGAUUUGGCCAGAAGUGGUGGAUACCUAGCCAGUGGAAGUGGUGAUUGCAUGGCAAGGAUUUGGAAAUAUGAACCUAUCACAGGAAGAGAGUAG